AUGGCUAACAACAACAACAACAACAUCAGACUUCCGUUUGAUUUUUUCCCGGCACUGCCAAACGUUUUAAAGAACGACAGCCACAAAGCGGCACUGCUUCAGCAACAAAACUCUAUCUUCGUCAACAAAAAUUUCACCAACAUCCUCAACAACAUCGCACUCAGCAACCACAACAUCGCACUCAGCAACCACAACAACACACCACCGACCAUUUUAAACAUUAACAGCGGCAGUGGUGGCCACCCCAGCUCCAACAAAGCGAGUGCAGCUUGUCCAGUUUGUGGCAAGAUGUUUUCGUGCAAGAGUGCGGUGGACAUCCACCUACGCAGCCACACGAAGGAGAGACCCUUCAGGUGCGAGUACUGCGACCGAGCUUUCACAACGAAGGGCAACCUGAAGCAACACGUUGGAACC